AUGGCUUUAGAGGAGGUUGAAGCAACUAAUGACAUUGAUGAGUCCUAUGAAGAUAAUUUACAAGAGGAGGUUGAAGGAAACAAUGACAUUGUGUAUGUUGCAGAAAAUUUUGAAGCAAAAUCUAGAGAAAGAAAGAAAUUAAGAGUCUUAAGCAAUGAAGAACGCAUGUCUAUUUAUCAUGAGCUACUACAAAAAAGCGUUGAUGGACAAUUACGUAAAGGAGCUACAAAUGAGGUGGCUUCAUCAAAUUCGGUUCCUAUAAGAACUGUUCAACGUAUUUGA